CACGGGCUGGCAGUUAGAUUAUACGAGUCAUGGUUUACACAAAGAAAAAUAUGAUUAAAGUAUUUACAAUUAUUGUGCUUUUAGCUGCGGGGCUCCAGUGUAAAGUAAUACCGGACGAAGUCCCGGUUCCGAUAUCUCCAGAAGAACGAUCAGCUGGAGAAUCUGAUAUUUCCGCAGAACAACGCAUAGUUGUUAAAUCCGAUUCUUCCCCAGAAGAACGAUCACUUGAUAAAUCCGAUGACGCACCAAGCAACGAAGCAAAUUCAAGAAGUACACAAGAAAAUUCUAGAGAGGGGACAGUAGAAGAAAAAGAAGCUAAGUCUAAGUCUGACACGUCGGAAGCGACUGAAGAACGUAGCGCUGCAGAAUCGGGAAGCUCGGAAAGGCACGAACGAUCUACCGACGAAACCAGCAAGGAAGGUAAGAAGGAAGAAACCAGGUCAGCAGACGUUAAUGAUGAAAAAGCUGCCAUCAGAGCAUCCAAUCCAGAAAAAUCUGCAGAAUCUAGUAGAACUGGAGUAAUACCAUGUGCUAAGUGUGCAGGGACUUUAAGGAAUUCUAAGGGAAAUAGUGACUCAAGCCAAAGUAGAUCAGGUGAACAUGAUAAUGCGGCGCCAGAAUUAAAAUCAGGAAUUAUUAAAACUGAAACUGCUGAUCGAGAUGAUGCAUCACAUAUAAAUAUUAAAGAAUCAAGACGAGCUCCUGAAGAAGAUAACAUAGAAAUGUCCAAUCUUCGAAGUGCAAGCGAAGAUAAUUCUAAAACCGGAUCUGGAGAAAACAAGAACUCUAAAAUAGCACCAGUUGAAUUAAAAGGCGCUAGUGAAUAUUCGCAAUUAAGAACUGCAGCCCCAGAAGAGAAUGUACCAACUUCCAUAGAUGCUGAACAAGAUGCCAGAUCAGAUUUAUUAUCAGAUGUCGGUGUUGAAUCGCUGGUGAGAUCUGAUAUUGAGGCUUUAACUGACAUUUCUCCAAUAAAGAGUCUCAGAAUUUUCCAUCAAAAAUCUCCUCUUCGAGAUGGUACACCUGAUUUGCCAGAAGUAGCAGCAGCAGAAACGAGAAUGGCUCCACAAGAAGACUCGCCACUGUCAGGGCUGCAGGUUAAUUCUUUCGGUAACAGCGAGUCCGGUCAGUCCGAAUAUCCGUAUUCGCCUUUAGAAAAUUCAAACCCCGAUAUUUCUAACAUGUUACCAUCGUUUUCUAACAUACUUUCAAGAAAUUCUUUUCCAACUGGGAAGUCAUUUACUUCACCGCAAAAUUCGUUUCCACCGUUUGAUGCAAAUAAAACAUUUAAGUUGCUGUCACCUUUUUCAUCGCCGGAAGGUAAUGGAGGGUUUAAACCUCUGCCACCGCUGCCACCUCUGCAACCAAUGGAACCCUUUAAGCCACUGCCUCCGCUGCGUCCUCUAGAGUUUAAUAGACCAUUCGAAUCACGACUUUUACCACCGCUGGAACCAAUGAAACCAUAUGAACUGCUGCCUCCUCCUUGGCAACUGGAUGGGAAUGGACAAAAUGAACUGCAGCGAUUUCUUCCACCGCUAGAACACUUCGGAAUGUUUAAACCGCUACCUCCACUUCGCCCUCUUAUAAGGAAUAGACUGUUCGAACCAUUGCCGCCGCUGCCACCUCUCGAACCGAUUGGACCAUUUAAACCACUGCCCCCUCAUCGGCCGUUAGAGCGUUUCGCACAAUUUGGAUCACUAUCAUCGCAAGAUCAGAUAAAUAUAUUCAAGAUACUGCAACACCUUCAACCACAGCCUAUUCAAUCAAAACCACCUUCGUUUAAUCAUUCGCCAAGUGUGUUUUCGCUACGACAAGCCGCGCCUGAAGGGUCGCCACAGAGUUCUGAAGGAUUUUCUAGAACUUGGCACCGCGCUGUUGCGACGCCCACUACAGCUAUGAGUUUUUCGAGAACGGUCGAAUACCAGUAGACUUUCAUAAAGUUAA